GAUUGUCAACCGCGACCUGGCGCUCUCAUCGCACACAAUAUCGCGACAUUCAGACGAUCAAAAGCACCACCACCGAUUUCAAUCAUGGCGCAAGAGCUGGAUCAGAAGAUCCAAGAGGUUUACAAGCGUAUCCAGAUGGAGCGCAAGAUCAUGGAUGGAUCCCACCAGCUUCUUCAAGCGACCAGCAACCCUGCCGUACGAAACCGAGCGGAUACGCAGCUCAGAGAUGCUCAGCGAUCCUUGUCAUAUUUUGAGGAUACCCUAAGAGAGUUACAGGCAAAGAAGCUGCAACUACAGCAACAGUCCCAGCGGCCGCCCAGGGGCACUUCAAUGCCCACAAACACGGGGCAAUUGGCUUCAUUACAAGACUCAACACCUUCCUCAGGUUUUGCUCAGAGACCAGGGGCUAGUCGAGACCGUGCAUUACCGGCGCCUCCGUCCGACAUUGGUCCAGAAGGCAGACAGAAUGGGAUCAGCGACCUCCAAAAUGGUGGGAUAGAUUCGACUGACUAUGUGCCCAAGCCGAAAGCGUACUCCAACUUGGAUCUAUUGCGAGCUGAUACCCCGUAUACUACAGCCAAAAUUUCUCGGAUGUUACAUCAGCUGGAAUUUAAGCUUCACGUCGAGAAGCAAUAUCAGCGUGCAAUAGACAACAUGGUGACCCUGUACAAGGCAGAUGGUGACAAGAAGAGCCGUCAAGACGCGGAGGCCAAGCAGGUCGAAAGUAACAGGAAGAUCCAGCUCCUUCAGCAAGCUGUAAAAAGGUACAAAAACCUUCAUAUUUAUGACGACCCUGCCGAGAACGAGGAAGAUGAGUUUGGGGUGGACGGUCAGCGCAAGGAAGGCCUCCGCAAGCCGUUGUCUGGAAAGUUACGGAUUACCAUCAAAGCUGCACGAGAGCUCGACCAUAUCUCUCUUCCUGCGAAACGGUCUUCCAAAGCUGUUGCUAGCGAGACUACCGUGGUGGUGAAGAUCGAGGGAACGCCUCGUGCUCAGACCCACCCAUCUCGCAACGACCGAUGGAACGAGGAGUUCGAGAUAUCGAUCGAUAAAGCCAAUGAAGUCGAAAUUGCUGUUUAUGACAGACAAGGAAACGACUAUCCUAUUCCUGUGGGAUUGCUGUGGCUUCGGGUCAGCGAUAUCUCGGAGGCAUUGCGCAGACGGCGUGUCGGAAACGAGACGGGGCAAGGUUGGGUGACAGCCGCUACAAUGCCCAAUGAUGCUAGUAACAGUGUCACGCCACCUAUUUCCUCUGAGUACAACUCCCUGCUACCUGGAAGUUAUGGUGGACCAGGCGGGGGCACCAAUGCGACUGCAUACGGAACGGCCGAUGGUAUUGAUGCCUGGUUUGCUGUGGAGCCUGUGGGGGCUAUUGCGCUACACCUUGAAUUCCUCAAGGAAAAUGUGAGGAAGCGUCCUGCAGAUGUCGGGCUCGGACGGCAGGGAGCAGUUCGCAAAAGGAAAGAAGAAGUGCACGAGAUGAACGGACAUAAGUUCGUUCUGAAACAAUUCUAUCAGAUCAUAUUGUGUGCCUUCUGCAACGAGUUUUUGCUCAAUGCUGCAGGGUACCAGUGUGAAGACUGUCGGUAUACGUGUCACAAGCGGUGCUAUUCGAAGGUGGUCACGAAGUGUAUAUCCAAGUCGAAUGCGGAAACUGAGGGAGAUGAAGAGAAGAUCAAUCACCGCAUUCCACAUCGUUUUGAGACUAUCACAAAUAUCGGGGCUAAUUGGUGUUGUCACUGUGGCUAUAUGCUCCCUCUGGGAAGGAAGAAUGCUCGAAGAUGCACUGAAUGUGACAUUACCUGCCACGCGACUUGUGCCCACCUCGUUCCCGACUUCUGUGGCAUGUCGAUGGAAACUGCGAACGCGCUAUUAGCCAGUUUACGGGAUAUCAAAUCUCAUCAGCAGAGACCGCGACCUGGACCGCAACCUCCAAGAACGCCUACUACACCAACAGCCAUUACGUGUUCCCCUCAAGCCCGACCAGAAACACUAGAGGGCACAUUCGAUCGUCUGAAUGUUGCUGCUGAACGUGGUCCAAAUGAUGUUUAUGGGCGGCCACCUGGUGCUAUGCCUCCUUAUGCACCAGACAGGCUCCCACCGUCCACCCAGAGCUAUCAACAGGCGCCUCCUUCGCCUGUUAGUCAGCGACAAACCCCGACUCGCCCUUCGACAGGCGAGAUUCCAGCACAAGUAUCUAGACCUGGGACCAUACCGCAGACCAAAUACCCAGCACCUGGAGAGGGUUCCCCAUCAGUGUCCGCACCGCUGUAUACUGCGAAGCCGAUCGCCUCUGCUGCGCCGGGGCCGACAGAGUCCGCCGUGUCCAAACCGUACCCCUUAUCUGGUGUAGCUACGCCAACUAUUCCUGGCAUGACUUCUGGUCCCGGCGUCUCCCUGCAGGCACCCCCGCAGAGACCGGAUAAGCGCAAGCGGAAGGUAGGAUUAGACGAUUUCAACUUCUUGGCUGUUCUUGGUAAAGGGAAUUUCGGCAAAGUGAUGCUUGCCGAAGAAAAACGGUCGAAUGCGCUAUACGCUAUCAAAGUACUGAAAAAGGAGUUCAUUAUUGAUAACGAUGAGGUUGAAAGCACCCGCUCGGAAAAAAGGGUGUAUCUUACAGCUGCGAAGGAACGGCAUCCUUUCCUCUUGGGUUUGCAUUCGUGUUUCCAAACAGAAACACGCAUAUAUUUUGUAAUGGAGUACAUAAGUGGUGGCGACUUGAUGCUCCAUAUCCAGCGGAAGCAGUUUUCUUUGCGACAAGCCAAGUUCUACGCUUGUGAAGUAUUACUUGCGUUGGAGUAUCUUCACGCCAAUGGCAUCAUAUAUCGUGAUUUGAAGUUGGAUAACAUAUUGCUUACCUUAGACGGUCACAUCAAGGUAGCUGAUUAUGGCCUAUGUAAGGAAGAGAUGUGGUACGGUGAAACCACCAGUACUUUCUGCGGAACACCGGAGUUCAUGGCCCCUGAGAUUCUUCUUGAGCAACGCUAUGGUCGUGCCGUUGAUUGGUGGGCUUUUGGAGUGUUGACGUACGAAAUGCUUCUGGGUCAAUCUCCCUUCCGUGGCGAUGAUGAGGACGAGAUUUUCGACGCAAUCCUCGAGGACGAGCCUCUUUAUCCUAUCACGAUGCCGCGCGAUGCGGUGUCAAUUCUUCAAAAGCUUCUCACAAGAGACCCAGGGCGAAGGCUAGGGUCUGGGGCCAAUGACGCGGAGGAGGUGAAGAAACACCCUUUCUUCAAAGACGUCAAUUGGGACGAGGUUUUCCACAAACGCAUCCCCCCACCAUAUUAUCCCAGCAUCACAUCCGCACAUGACACAAGCAAUUUCGAUCAGGAAUUCACCCGAGAACAACCAACUUUGACACCUGUGCACGGACAGUUGUCUAAUCGGGACCAGCAAGAGUUCCAAGGGUUCUCUUGGAUCGCCCCUUGGGCCGAUAACUGAGACGAG